GCGUGAUGCUUUCUCAUCGCACGCUCAUGGUGCCUCAUAUCCGUAGUGUGUACCAGAGUAGCCUCAGCCCAAAAUCUGCGAAUUCUGCUGCAGAGCUGUAUAAGUCUGUCAUGCUGCUGUUGCCAUUCUUCCACACGUACGGCCACGGAAUGGUUGUCACGACCUUGUUUCACGGGGGCUCGGUAGUCGUUCUACAGAAAUUCUCACCAAAGAGCUUCUUUGAAACCAUCGAAAAGUUUAAGGUGACGUGGGCGCCCAUCGUGCCAUACAUCGCAAACUUCCUGAUAGACACGCCCCUCAUGAAACAGUAUGACAUCUCUUCCCUCGUGGGCUUCACCACCGCCGCCGCCCCGAUUUCCGGCGCUGCUCUCACCUCCCUCAUGAAAAAGAGUGGGCGAGUUGUUGGAGCAGCUUAUGGGUUAACUGAAACGAACGGCGCUGUGUCAGUGAACAGCAGAGCGUUCGGAUUCAAGCCGGAAUCGGUGGGCCGCAUAGUUCCAUUCAGUGAAGUUAAGGUGGUGGAUGUGGAGAGCGGACGCAUGCUUGGCGACGGGCAGGAAGGCGAGGUGUGCGCCCGAGGCCCCAACAUCAUGCUGGGUUACAUGAACAACCCAAAGGCUACGGCUGCUGCCCUUGACGCCGAGGGAUGGUUCCACACUGGGGACAUUGGAUACUUUGAUGAAGACAAUUUCUUGUUUAUUACAGAUAGGAUUAAAGAUCUAAUCAAAGUGAAAGGUCUCCAGGUGUCUCCCACUGAACUCGAGGAGCUCCUGCUGAGCCACCGCGACGUGCAAGAUGCCGCAGUAGUCGGUGUCCCACAUGUCAAGUUAGGCGAAGCACCUCGCGCCUAUGUUGUGCUCAGGUCUGGGACAACUUGGCGCCCACGUGAAAUUGAAAAAUUCGUUGAAGAACGUGUGAAUGCCUACAAACAACUCGCAGGUGGAGUGAAGAUCGUUGAUGCCAUCCCCAGAAACCCAGCUGGGAAAAUCCUCAGAAGGCAGCUGAAAAGGGAAUUCGUGACUUCUAAACUGUGAGCUUUUUCUGGAGCAGUGGGCCCAGACAGAGUCAUUCCGCAGCACCUCAUCCCACAUCAGCUUACUUGUAUAUUCUGUAUUCCACGAAUUACUGCUGCAUGAAACAAGAUAAAUCUGGGUUACAUGUCCAAAAAUCAUCAGAAAACUGAAAGUAAUUGAACAUACACACGAUAACUAGCAUAAGAAGAUACAUGAUGAAAAAAAACUAUUUUGGUGGCAUACUGGUCGUACAGUCUUGGAGAGAUAAUGUCUGACCAGAGAGUAAUGAAAGGCAGCCAUUAUAUUUGAACAAGGCUCUCUCUCUCUCUCUUUCUCUCUCUCUCUCUCUCUCUCUCUCUCUCUCUCUCUCUCUC